AUGUUGAACGGGAAAGGUAUCGUGGUCUUCUCAGGGGGAAGUGCCGCCAACAGUCUGGUCGACGUGUUCGAGGCCGUUCGCGAAAACAAGGAUUGCCCCUUGAGCUAUAUCAUUCCCAUCAGCGAUAAUGGAGGUUCUUCUUCAGAGUUGAUACGGGUAUUUGGCGGCCCUGGAAUUGGUGAUGUUCGCAGUCGUCUCGUUAGGCUCAUUCCAAUAAACCCGCCUUCGCCGGAGAAGUCGGCCAUAUCUACUCUAUUCAAUCAUCGAUUGUCGUCCUCGUCCUCUACCGACGCUGCGGCAGAAUGGCAGCUGAUUGUCUCUGGGACCUCAGACCUAUGGCACGACAUCUCAUCGGCGAAAAGAGAACUUAUACGGUCUUUCUUCAACCUGCUAAAUCUUGAGAUCCUUAAGCGGUCCCGCCCUUUAUCGACGUUUGAUUUCACCUCUGCUAGUGUGGGCAAUCUAUUUCUCACAGGAGCACGUCUUUUCAGUGGGAGCUUCGAGUCUGCCAUAUACCUACUGAGCAGCAUUUGCGGCAUUCCCGAUGGCGAGGUGCGUGUGAUUCCCAGCAUCAAUUCAAAUUUCUCCCACCACAUCGCGGCUGGACUUGAAAAUGGAGAUGUUAUUGUGGGACAAAAUAAUAUCUCUCACCCAGCUGCUGUCACUGCACUGGAAAUGCCAACCGUGGUCCAAGGGCCUCCGCAAGGGAACAGGCCAAGACACAGUGUCGAUCACACUGAUGAUGUCGAAGAUGCCAACAUCCCAGGGACUCUUCCCACGCUGCGACAACGGAAUAUCAAGUUCAGCAAGGAGGAAGAUGAAGACCUACCCACUCGAAUCGAUCGCAUCUGGUACAUCAAUCCAUAUGGACAAGAGAUGUUACCACCGGCCAAUCCGCGUGUUAUGUCAGCCAUCAAGCACUCUCAAGCCGUCAUAUAUUCCAUUGGUUCGCUUUAUACGUCAAUAGUCCCUUCAAUCGUACUGAAAGGUGUUGGGGAGGCGCUCCGCUCAACCGCAGCCCGUCACAAAAUCCUCAUCUUGAAUGGCUCACUUGAUCGCGAAGUUGGCCCCAGUACAAGUCCAUUUUCGGCGUUUGAUUUUGUCGAGGCAAUUGCUCGUGCCUGUGAACAGUCAAGAGGCCAUGCAUGGAGACCCGUGCUGCAAACAUCUCACUCAGAUGAUACACUUUCAACAUCGGUAGCAACAUCUCCAGUCUCUAGACAAGGCGGCUUGUUGUCCCCCGGAAUGCAGACUCACUUUGCUUCUCAUCCUCGAUCUAUAUAUCGCCGCUAUGUGACACACGUCAUCCAUCUGACAGGCGAAGGCACUCCCUAUGUGGAUCGUGAACAUCUUGCCUCUGUCGGAAUUGAUUGCUUGAAGCUCUACGGUCGCAAGAGUCCCAAGGGUAUCAUGUUCUAUGAUCCUCAAGCACUGAUCGGGGCGAUUGAGGCCAUCCUCGGAAAGAAGGGUGAUGCCAUGGUCCUCAGCCGAAGUCGACGAAAUACUCUUGAUGCAUGA